UCCCAACUUUAGCAACUAAAAGACCUUAUUUUGGUCUCGGGCCCUGUAAAGUCCACAACUGUUUCAUGGGACUAUUUUUGUCUGUCACCGGGUGAGAUAUAACACGGUUCCCACUUCACAAUACUCUGAUAACAGGUUAGGCGCGUCACUAGGGAGGCCAUAGAGUUCUGGGAGCAGAGAACCUGAUGUGGGGAAUAUGUGAAUAAGAUAAGCAAGAUAACAUCAAAAAUACAGUUCCAAGGGAGGGAGGGACUCCAUUGAUAAGUUGAAGUCCGAACUGAGACGAGCCCCUUCUUGCCCUGCCCCCGGCACAUCACCAAUCGUCCCCUUCUCUCCGCACCUCGCCGUCCCCUCCGCCCGUCUUCUUUUGCAAGCUCGAGCCGAUGGGGGGGCCUUCGCCCCGUGGCCGCCGCGCCACGACCAGCCUCGCGCUCCUCCUGCUCCUCGCGGGCGUCGCCGCCUGCCCCAUCCCGGCUGUGCGCGCCCAGGCCACGGUGUUCACCGGGGACGUCAACGGCAGCGGCAGGGAGAUCACCAGCUUCUCCUUCCCCGGGUUCGGGAAUGAGCUGCAGAAGCUCAACAACCUGACGUUCACGGGCAACACCAGCCUCACCCAGCGCUCGCUGCAGAUCACUCCGGACACGGGCAACAACCCCGGGAGCUUCCUCGUCAACCAGGCCGGCCACAUCUUCUACUCGACGGAGUUCGUGCUCUGGGAGGACAACGCGUCCAACUCCACCGCCGACGGCCGGUACGUCGCCUCCUUCUCCACGGUGUUCAAGGCCAACCUCUUCCGCUCGAACAAGAGCCUCAAGGGAGAAGGGCUCGCGUUCGUCGUCGCGUCCGGCAAAGACGGCGGCCCGCCCCCCGGCAGCUACGGCGGCUACCUCGGCCUCACCAACGCCUCCACUGACGGCAACGCCACCAACGAGUUCGUGGCCGUGGAGCUGGACUCGGUGAAGCAGUCCUACGACCCGGACGACAACCACAUCGGCCUCGACGUCAACAGCGUCCGCUCCACCGUCACCACCCCGCUCGCCCGUUUCGGCAUCGAGCUCGCGCCCGUCCCCAACGCCACCAACGACGGCAGCAUCUACCUCUGGAUCGACUACAACGGCACGACGCGGCACAUCUGGGUGUACAUCGCGCCCGCGUCCGCGAACGCGAACAUCAGGAAGCCGGCGACCCCCGUGCUCAACGCGUCGCUGGACCUCUCCACGAUCCUCCUGGGAAAGAAGGGCUACUUCGGCUUCUCGGCGUCCACCGGCGUUGAGUACCAGCUCAACUGCGUGAACAUGUGGAACAUGACGGUGGAAGUGCUCCACGACGACAGCGCCCCCAAGAAGGCUCCGUUGUCCGGCUGGAAGCUCGGGGUGGCCAUCGGCGCGCCGUGCGCCGCCGCGCUGGCGCUGGGGCUGCUCGCCGGCCUGUACUUCAUGAAGAAGCGGAAGAAGGUCGGGGACGACCCGAGCUCGGUGUUCAACAACGCCACACUCCUGCGGAGCAUCCCGGGCGUGCCCAAGGAGUUCGACUUCAAGGAUCUGCGCAAGGGGACCGGCAACUUCGACGAGAAGAUGAAGCUGGGGCAGGGCGGGUACGGCGUGGUGUACCGCGCCACCGUGCCCGGGAAUAACGGGCAGAGCGUGGAGGUGGCCGUGAAGCAGUUCUCCGGCGCCAACACCAAGGGCCAGGAGGACUUCCUCGCCGAGCUCAGCAUCAUCAACCGCCUCCGCCACCGUAAUCUCGUCAAGCUCGUCGGCUGGUGCCAUGACAACGGCGUGCUGCUGCUGGUGUACGACUACAUGCCCUACGGCAGCCUGGACCGUCACAUCUUCGGCGGCAAGGACUCGCCGGGGCUGGACUGGAGGCAGCGCCACACCGUCGUGGCCGGCGUGGCGUCGGCGCUCAACUACCUCCACCACGAGUUCGACCAGACAGUGAUCCACCGCGACAUCAAGCCGUCCAACAUCAUGCUGGACUCCUCGUACCACGCCCGGCUCGGCGACUUCGGCCUGGCGCGCGCGCUCGAGUCCGACAAGACCUCCUACACCGACAAGAUCGGCGUGCCGGGGACGCUGGGGUACAUUGCGCCCGAGUGCUUCCACACGGGGCGCGCCACGCGGGAGUCGGACGUGUUCGGCUUCGGCGCCGUGAUCCUGGAGGUGAUCUGCGGCCGCCGCAUCUCCUGCUGCAACCCGGCCGGCUGCAGCCAGCUGCUGGAGUGGGUGUGGAAGCUCCACGGCGCCGGGCGCGUGCUGGAGGCCGUCGACCCGCGGCUGGCGGGGGAGUACGACGAGGAGGAGGCCGAGCGGCUGCUGCUGCUGGGCCUGGCGUGCAGCCACCCCAACCCGCGGAAGCGGCCCACGGCGCAGACCAUCCUGCAGAACCUGCAGACGCGCUCCGUGCCGCCGCUCCCCGUGCCCACGUCCAAGCCGGUGUUCAUGUGGCCCGUGCCGCUCGUCGACGGGGAGGUGGUGGAGGAGGAGGGGGAGUACGGCGGCGAGGAGACGGCGGGGACGUCCAUGUCGCACAGCGAGCUCACCAGCUCCGACGUGACAUCGUCGUCGCACUACGCGUACGCGUCGUCGUCGGGGUACACCACCCAGAACUACCCGGUGAGCAGGGAUGCGGCGGAGAGGGACGUGUCCACGGUUUGAGCGAGACGGGAUCGAGCAUGCAGCCGCCGGCAGGACGGGUCAAUUGUGGCGGUGGCGCACGUGGGCGGGGAUCAAGUUGAGCCCGGCACGGUCGGAUUUGGCGCAUCGACGAAGAUUCGAAGGACGUGGAGCUGGUGGCAACGUGGCGAAUGAAUUGGAGACGAUAAAAGGCGUCAAGAACGUGCAGGCGAAAUCGCGGACAGGGUUUUCGUUAUCAGAGAGCUUUUCCAUUGUUACUUUGUGGUUAGUCAGUCCUUUUUGUCUGCAGUUGUUGCUUGGUUUGCUUCCGGGAAGCCAUCACCUCUCUAUGUAAAUAGCCGUCGUCUCUGCGUGUCACUUUUGUCGGGCAUUUUCACCAUUAAGUGACCUAUUAUGUGCAGUCAUAUUUCCAGUACCAGCAGCAGCAUGUUUCUUGCUUGCGUUGA